CCUCGCCACCCCCGCGUCUCAACGCAACGCCUCCAUCCACCAUCCCGCCAGCCGCAGCGAACUCUUCCAUUCCGGCCUCCCUCCCACCGCAACCACCAUGGCCUCGCCCGAGCCUCCACCGACGCCGGAGACCUUGACGACCAUCCCCGACGACCUCGUGCUUUUGAUACUAGCCCGCGUCUUGUGCAAGGACGACCGCGCCAGCAUGUCCCUCGUCUGCAAGGCGUGGCGCGACAUGAUCGCCGGCCUCAGCGCCUGGACCGAGCGCCCACCGCCCCCGUUCCCGUGGCUCCUCCUCCCCUCGCGCUUCCACAACGACCCCCGCUUCCGCGCUGUUUGCAUACUCAGCGGCUGCUGUGUCCACCCCCACCACAACCACCUCACCAUCUUACCGCCCGGGACGCGCUUCAUCGGAUCCUACGAGGGCGCCUGGAUCUUCGUCCACUACGGCAUGAUGCGCGCGCACUGGCUCCUCAACCUCCGCACAGGCGAAGCUCGCGCCCUCCCGUCCUUGUUCCUGCGCUGCGACGACCACCAGUAUGCCAACGACAUGUUCGUUCUCGCCGCCACGCUCUCAUCGCCACCGGAAAACCCCCACUGCAUCGGCGCCGCCAUCGUCGUAGCGUGGCGGGAUCCAGCGCGACUGCGUCGCUUCCUUGUAUUCUGGCGGAUGGGGAGGGCACUGGCCUCCGAAAUGGUUCUGGACCGCCCGGCGAACCACCGGGGUGUCUACCAAGUGGAGGACGUCGUCCACCACGGCGGGGCCUUCAAUGUGCUGGUCAACCAUGGCGACCACAUCCUAGUGUGCGUGGAGGCCGCCGGGCCCGUGUAUCCAGAAGCUUGGAAUCGGUGGAUGAACACGGAGUUGCUUCUGUUCCGGCCCACUGAGCGUAUCUACGACCAGUUCUCCAUCCGCGGUCGCUACAUCGUCGAGUCCAGAGGCGAACUGCUCAAGGUCUUGAGGUUCAGACCUCGUAAUCAGCCGACAUCAUCCAAGUUCACGGUGUUCCGGGCGACGAAACGGCCACAGAUGCCAGACGCCGACUUCCCCGUGGCUCAGUACCCGUGGGCGUGGAGCGAGCUGGACACGCUGGACGGCCGGAUUCUGUUCGUCGGGUAUGGCUGCUCCAGAUCGUACGACGCGGUUUUGUACCCGGGCUUCAAGGCCGGCAUCUACUUCUUGGAUGAUGGUAAGUUCUACGACGAGGGAGUCUUCUUCCGCAACCACAGAAUCAGGCCGCAGCCCUGCAAAGACAAUGGAAAGUGGUCUGAAGGCAGUGUCCAGCGCUGCUUCCCGACGGCAGGCCCAUCAGACCACUCUCCUCCGGUUUGGCUUCUCCCUUGAAAUAUUCAGAUAGAGUAGCUCCUGAUUCCAAUACUUCGGUAGAUGCAUGCUGGUUGAAAUACUCAGAAUAACAUAGUUGCUAGCUCAUUGCAAUAUUCAGAUAGAGCAGUAUGUAGAUGUUGAAAAUUGAAAUAGACACCUACUGCUUCGAUUGUUAAACCUACAUGUUACUGUACUUUCCAAUUCUCUGUGACUUCUGUCUGUGGCGUUGUAUCUGUUUUCUGUAUAAAUGCAGAGCAAACAAUGGUUACCGUUUAUGCCA